GAGAGAGAGAGAGAGGAAUACGAUGGGGAGGUCACGUAACGCAUCUCUCAGCUCUUGGCCCCAUCUCCUCGUUGCUGCAGAUACCCUUCCCCUUCCACCAUUAAUGAGCACAACGUUUUCCUCUUAUGUAUAAGAGGACUCUGGGUUUCCUCUCUUGUUUCUCUUCUGCUACUACUGAAGGAACUAUGCCACCCCAAGAACUGGCAGAGGAAGGGGAGGAGGAGGAGGAGGAGGAGGAGGGGAGAAAGGGGAGGCGACGGACGGCCUUCUCUAUCAACGACAACGUGGACCUGCUGGCGGAGAUACUGGGGCGGCUCGACGGGCGGUCGCUGGCGGUGGCAGGGUGCGUGUGCCGCCUCUGGAGCGCCGUCGGCCGCCGGGACAGCGUGUGGGAGGACGUUUGCCACCGUCACGCGGCCGGCGGAAGCGGGGCCACCCGGUCCGUGGUGGCCGCGCUCGGCGGGUACCGCCGGCUCUACCGGCUCUGCAUCGGGCCGGCACUGGACCGGCUCGCCGGCUCCGACGGGGCCCACCUCUCCCUCUCGCUGUCGCUCUCCCUCUCGCUCUUCUCCAUCGACUGCUACGAGCGGCUGGGCGGGAGGCAGCAGCAGCAGCAGCAGUCGGCGUCGCUGCUCUUCCUCUUCAAGCCCGUCGACGUGUCCUGAACACACGCACGUCGGCGUUUCCCUCGUGGAGCACCCAAAGGUGUGUUUCAUUCAUGUAACGCUGCAGCCGCCGGUAUUGUUUCUACCACUGAUCUCUAUCGAUAUGUUUAUUUAUUGGAACAAGGACGUAAUAUUUUUGUUAAUUUAUAUUUAGAUUCUUGUCAUGAAGACUUCAUUACCCAA